GGCUUAAUCGAGCAAGGAAUUUAUUGUCCAAUUAUUAUCUCUCUCUCCUUCCCCUUUAAAUCUCUCGAGUCCGCCACAAACAGAUUUUCCAGUUUUUAUGCAUUUUGUUUUCGUCAUCUCACUUUUCAGCUAGUGCUCUUCGGUUCGCUCUCUCCAUUGCGGAGCCAGAAACUCCAUGGCGGCGACCAGAGCUUGUAUCUUCCCGUUCGUCUUCUCUCCGGCUUACCGUCGCCGGAGCGAAGCUUCAGCCACCGCAGGCUCCAAUCAGAAUCCGAGGCUGAACUCGUCGUCCACUCGCAGAUUCGCCGUCUCGACGGAGCAAGCGUCCUCCGCAGCGACUGCAACAACCUUUCCUUCGUCGAGACCGGUUAGUUUCGACGAGAACGGGAGGAGCCACGAGAAGCAUGGAGAGAAAACGAGCGACCAGAGCUCUCCAACGCCGUUCAUGGAGGAUGUGACGCUGGAGAGCGGGCGCGAGAGGUUGAGGAGGUUCUUCGCUGAGGCGAAGGAUCUGACCAGAACGGACGGCGGACCGCCUCGCUGGUUCUCUCCUCUGGAGUGCGGCUCUCGCUUGGAGAAGUCGCCCCUGCUUCUCUAUUUACCUGGAAUCGACGGCACUGGAGCUGCGCUUACUUCACAGUACAAAAAGCUCGGAAAGGUGUUCGACAUUUGGUGCUUGCACAUCCCGGUCAUGGAUAGAACAUCAUUUCUAGGCCUGGUGAAACUGGUUGAGAGAACAGUAAAAGCAGAGACGUACAGCUUCCCAAACAGACCUAUAUAUCUUGUUGGAGAAUCAUUAGGAGGAUGCCUUGCAUUAGCUGUCGCAGCACGCAACCCUGACAUUGAUCUUCUUUUAAUCUUGGCGAACCCAGCCUCGUCUUUUGAGAAGUCGCCAAUACAACCUCUAUUACCUUUGCUGGAGUUAAUGCCGGAACAGUUGCAGCUAAGCUACCCUUUCAUCCUGAGUUUGAUGGCAGGUGAUCCUUCGAAGACGUUCAAGGCUAGCACAGAAAAAGGGCUUCCUCCACAGCAAACAGUUGGAGAGCUAUCAAUGGACUUAUUGACCAUGCCGUAUUACAUGCCUGUUCUUGCUGAUAUUCUCCCAAAAGAAACACUUCUGUGGAAGCUUCAAAUGCUUAAAUCGGCUUCAGCAUAUACAAAUUCACGCAUUCAUGCUGUCAGGGCACAGACUUUACUUCUUACAAGUGGGAAGGAUUGGCUAUUGCCAAGUCAAGCAGAGGGUGCUAGACUAGACAAUGCACUGCAAAGAGGUGAUCUCCGUAAGUUUGAUGACUGUGGUCAUUUCCUUUUCUUGGAAGAUGAUUUUGAUUUGGUUACAAUUAUUAAGGGCACUAGCUUCUACCGUCGUGGAAAAAGUCUUGACUAUGUUUCAGACUACCUGCCACCAACCCCUUCUGAAUAUAAGAAAAUAUAUGAAUCAAACAGAUGGUUUGAUGAGAUAAGUGGAUCGGUGAUGCUAUCAACUUUAGAGGAUGGGAGGAUUGUUAGAAGUCUGGAUGGGAUUCCAACGGAGGGGCCAGUUCUCUUUGUUGGCUAUCACAUGUUAUUGGGGCUUGAAAUGGUUCCUAUGGUUAUCCGAUUUUUGAACGAGAGGAACAUACUUUUACGAGGAAUAGCACAUCCUAUUCUCUUUGAGAAAUACAGAAAAGGAAAAACGCUUGAGCCCGAGUUUUAUGACACUUUCCGGACGAUGGGUGCAGUACCUGUUUCAGGGACCAAUCUGUUCAAACUUCUUUCGUCAAAGUCUAAUGUCUUGCUCUAUCCAGGAGGCAUGCGUGAAGCACUUCAUCGUAAGGGUGAAGAGUACAAGCUAUUUUGGCCGGAGCAGUCUGAGUUUGUCAGGAUGGCAGUCAGAUUUGGAGCUAAAAUAGUGCCUUUUGGUACUGUUGGAGAAGAUGACUUUGGUGAAGUCUUUUUUGAUUAUGAUGACCAAAUGAAAAUCCCAUACUGGAGGAACUGGAUUCGAGAAAUGACGGAAGAAUUUGCAAAAGUGAGGACUAACGCAGCUGGAGAGGUAGCCAAUCAAUCUGUGCACAUGCCUUUGAUUCGGCCAAAAAUUCCUGGGCGGUUCUAUUAUUGUUUUGGAAAACCCAUUGAAACAGCAGGGAGGAAGCAGGAACUGAGAGACAGGGAAAAAUCCCAUGAAUUGUAUCUACAAGUCAAGUCAGAGGUAGAGAGAUGCAUAGCGUAUCUGAAAGAGAAACGAGAGAGCGAUCCUUAUAGAAGCAUAUUCUCCCGAUUGAUGUACCGGACCCAACAUGGUUCUGCAUCUGAAAUUCCAACAUUCGAAUUGUGAUUGGUGACAUCAUUGGAGAGGGACCGUAGCGCUUGGAUUUAUUCCUGAGUAGCAUAGGCCACACAGUUUGUCCUAUACAGUGUGCGAGUUCGGUCGAUUAUUUCUUCUCGAAAGGAGAAUUUGGACAUUCCUGGAGAAAACACCGUCCAGGGAAGACGAAUGGUGCUGCAAGAACGUCUUUUAACAUUUUUUACAUGGGGCAUGUCCCUAAGCAGCAAUGUCAUUAUACGAGAAUAAAGGUUUCUGAGAUUUGGGAUCUGUGACAUUCCAAGACUGCUGCAUUCGAUGUUACUCAGGAGUCUCCCGGUCCGAAGAACAAUUAUGGAAGGGGUUCUCUUCUUUGCUUCUUGCGGCUCUUUACUAAAAUGUGUCAAUUAACAUUUAUCUUGUAAUAUCAGAAGUAAAGAGCAGCUUUCAUUACAGAACUGGUGAAUGUAAAUACCGAUGUGCUUCUCU